AAUGUCACUCUCAUUCCACUCUGUGUGUCUUAUAAACCUAUGUUCCCAGUGUUUCCCUGACAUGGAAUAGUAUUCACGUUCAAGAAACAAGUUUGUGGUAAAUACAGGACCCUGCGUGUGCUUGAAUUCACAACCGUGCUCGCUGACGGACCGGCCAACUCUCUGGGGUUGCCACACACACAACGGCCGGCGACGGGAAACGCCGCGUAUAAAAGGGAAGCGCCGUGUUGUGUGUGUGAACACCGUAUGCUGCUGCAACAGGGAGUUCACGUGACUGGUUGACAGCCUGGAAGGAAGUGGAGGACUUUACAGAUCAACCAGCCAGCAGUGAGGAACAUUGUCGAGCUCUGAAGGAAGUUAGGAACAUUGUCGAGCUCUGAAGGAAGUGAGGAACAUUGUCGAGCUCUGAGGGAAGUGAGGAACUUUGUCGAGCUCUGAAGGAAGUGGGGAACAUUGUCGAGCUCUGAAGGAAGUGAGGAACAUUGUCGAGCUCUGAAGGAAGUGAGGAACAUUGUCGAGCUCUGAAGGAAGUGGGUGAACAUUACCGACAGCUCUGAAGGAAGUGAGGAACAUUACCGACAGCUCUGAAGGAGUUAGGGACACCACACCGAGUAGAAGAGGCAGCAGCCUACAGGUCGAUAUGGCGAACACCACACUGCAGACCCUGGUGAAAGAAAUGUACGGAAACACAACACUGCCUCCCGCUGUGACAACCCCAUUCUACCCUCCUGAAUUCCACAGGCUGAAUGCUGUAAGCACCUUUCUUAACGUCUUCUACAUCUGGGUCAUUUUUGUCAUCGGAUGUCCUGGGAAUGUGGUCUGCGUGGUCGUGAUCAUCAACAUGUCCAAGCAGAGGCUGACCACGUCUUUCUUCUACGUCGCUGUGUUGUCCAUAGUGGACAAUUUGACCAUCAUUUUGAAGAUUAUUGAAAAUCAAUCUCGACAAAUGAGGUUCUCAAUCGACGAAACAGGAUGUCAGUUUCUGUUUUUCUUCGGUUUAACAUUUGCAGCAUUUGCAAACUGGAUUCUGAUAAUACUAUCCGCGGAAAGGUUCACGGCGGUGGCGUUCCCCAUGAGGGUGGGGCUGAUCUGGUCGCUGAAGAAGGCGGUGGGGAUCCUAGUGGGCGUGUUCCUGUUUCUCGGCCUCAUCCACAGCCACAUCUUCGCCACAGUCACCCAUUAUGAAAGUUAUACCUGUACGGUGAAGGAGACGUUUCACCAGCACAUAUUCCCAUUCUGGUUCUUCACAAGCGCUACCAUAUAUGCCUUCCUUCCUGCUACCUGUCUGAUUAUCUUUAACAUCCUCAUCAUUUUGUCAUUAAGGAGGUAUUCCGAGCAGCGACAGCACAUGCUGUCGCAGUGUGACCCCGCCCAAAUGGAGGCACGACGGCAGGAACGACAAGUCACCAUCAUGCUCGUCACCCUCUCUGUUGUAUUCCUCAUUCUCACCAUCCCACGUUGUGUGUGCGUCAUCCUUUACAACCAGCUAUGUUCUGAUGACAAAGACUUUAUGUGUAACGCAAGGAGGGGAUUAUUUAACGCUAUCACAACCCAGAUCGCAGACACCAACCAUGCCAUAAAUUUCUACCUCUACUUCUUGUCCGGGAGAAGGUUUCGGAAACAGUUCCUGAAGCUGUUUAGGUGUGGCCGAGUCACGUACACGGAGGUGUCUAAUGAAACCACGCACGUGUUCGAAAUUCCUAUCGCUGAAUCAGGAAUAUGAUGGGGGCACCUUGGUGCACUCAGGUGUAUUCCAGGGCCCACUUGCACAAAGCUAUCUUAGCGCUAAGAUGAUGCUAAUUCCCAUACUUUAACAUAGACUUACGAUAGUCUUAGCGCUAAGAUCGCUUUGUGCUAGUGUGCCCAGGUCAGGAAAAGCAUAUUAUGUUGUCUUUCUCACAUGUCAUCUUCCGAACAUACAUACAGUACAAGCAGCAAGGCCGAACUCCAUCUUUAAGGGCGCGUACUGUGCAGAACAUCUUAAACAAAAACUCGUUUGUUCGAGCCCCGUUGAUCCAGACACCUAACCUUCAAGGUGGUUACCGCUCGGAAUCCUUACAUGUAUACAAGGAGUCAUUACCCAUCCCCUCGUUUAUCCGGAUACAAGGAGACAUUGGUUACAAUUACCCAGGAAUCACUAUCCGGUUUAACGGUAUUCCACUGUAUAUACUAAGGACUUUAUUCUGUACCCGUUUAUCCAGAUAUGAACCAAUCAUGACGUCUGGAUUAACAGGGGUCUAAAAUUAUAUACACAUGUAAUCAAUUUAAUUCGCUGAUUUUUUAUGGUUGGAGGAAAUCUAUACGCAUAUAUCCCUCUAAAUAACUAACACAAGUCACUAGCUAUCUCAGAGCACAGGCAAUUGCUCGAGUUCCACUAACUAUACACUACAGAUCUCACAAGCUCCACCACGGACGUUCGAGGCAGAUUGCCGGAUUUCUUAUCAACUGCACAGUUUGUGCAGUCACGUGUUUGUUGUUAAAGUCAUGCCAUGCUGAAAUGUACAAGUUUCACAAAAUUCGAGAGUUUCACGCCUCUAUCAGCUGUAUGCUCUACAGUACUUUAUCAGCGUAUUAAUGUACUCCACCGAACAUCUAUCAGCUGUAUGCUCUACAGUACUUUAUCAGCGUAUAAAUGUACUCCAUCGAACCUCUAUCAGCUGUAUACUCUACUUUAUCAGCGUAUAAAUGUACUCCACCGAACCUCUAUCAGCUGUAUACUCUACUUUAUCAGCGUAUAAAUGUACUCCACCGAACCUCUAUCAGUUGUAUACUCUACUUUAUCAGCGUAUAAAUCUGGGCUCUUAUCAACAAAUACUGGACUGCCACAUCAUUUGGUGGAAACUCGGCCCCUUUUCGAACUAAAUGUUUACCAUACUACCACGAGAAAACACACGACUUCGCCAGACCUUCGUCUUGAGCCCGGAAAAAUCCGAAGGAUGCUAAAAAUAUCAAGUCAUUCUCAUGAGCGAGUUGAAUUAUCUGCUUGCUCAGAAAUUGGGGUUGUUACGUCACUUCCGGAACGACAAUAUGGGGCGAGUGUGUACAGGGUAUCAGCAAAGAAUGAAGAUGUAAUACCCUGUAUGACGUCAUCAUUGUCGGUGAGAUCCCCUCUUCAACCUCAUGGACAUCUGCGAUUGUCAGGACCUGUGGUUCCAGACACACUGUAGGAGCGUCUUAUUGAAGUGAUAUCUGACAAUGUUUGUCAGCACAGCCAUUGAUUCUGAACGUCGGAGGUCAAAGGUCAAUUAACUCGUAGGUCAAAGGUUAUGUCUGGUGCGCCACUAUUCCCUGCAGGUUCCCGUCGGUGAGAAUCUCGGUUCGCCCUGAUCAUGUUUCAAGGUUUUGGAAGCACUGGUGCAUUGUGGGACUCGAGUGUGAUAACAAAGGGCUGACUUGUGUAACAACAAAACAAUGACACUGUCAACCAGCCCUGAAUCAUCGCCACACACAAGGAAGAAGCUUGUCCUGCACCAUGAGAGUGGAAUAUAUAUAUUUUAUGAAAAAUAAUUAAAUCUAGAAACGCAUUCAAAAGCAAGUCUAGCCACCUCAAGUUAGCUCUAUUCCACAAUCAGAAUAGGGAUUUUUUUUAUUUUUAGAGUCCAGAAGGAUAUUGUGUGAUAUAAUAUUUCAGAGACGAAAUGUUGGUCAAGGAAGAAGGUUACAGCCAAUGCUAUCCUGUUACAUCAUAUACUCCCUGCGUGACAGACCUUGAGCUUGACCUUUAGUUAGCUGUGCAAGCGUGUUCAUUUGGAAUAUAACUGUCCAAUUUCGGAACAGGAUAAAGCUUACACUAUUUUCUUUUUAUUGAAUGUCGUGUUUCUAUCUGUUGCAUUACCAUAACUGAUCACUCUGAAGCAUAUUGAAUAUUUCGUAACUUUCAAGAGGAAUCUUAUUGUAGUUUUGUGAAGGGAGGCACUUGGUAGACCUUAUAUGUUUGCCUUGUUACCAGCCUGUCUGAAUGUCAGUGAUAUCAAUGUUGUGGCGCUGUGACUUGCCAUUAAACUGCCCUGUCAUCACGAA